UUGGUCGUUAUAGUGAAGCAAACAGUUUUUCUAAUUCUCUCUCUAUCUCUUUGUGUCGUUCUUUUCUUGUUCUCUACACAUUUACAGAGUUUUCAUGGCGACAAAGCUAUCUACAUUCUUUUUCGGUGCUGACUGCCAUGGACUGAAUGGCAACAAGUUUAAUACACGGCUGGCAGUUCGUUAUCCUCGCUUGCUGCCAAUCUACUGCAAGAUGCGACCAAGGAAUUUGAGUUCCCAAAGUUCCCAACAUAAGAGGCAACAGGAAAAGAAGUUUUCUCCUGAACGCACACCAAUGGAUGGGGAAAUUCAGUCAAAUGAUGAUGAAAGCAGUGAAAUUCAAAUUUCUACUGAAAAUAGAAUCUCAAAUACAGAUCAGGGAACCACAUCUCAUGCUGAUGAUGACACUACUAUCACUGUCAAGAAUAUUGACUUGGUAGAUUUUAACAGCUCAAGUCUUCUGGCUGAGAAUUCUUUGAUGGAUAAGGCUAAUCAUGGGGAACAACUUUUAAAAGUUCAACUUGAGGAUUUGAUUGGCAUGAUAAGGAAUUCUGAAAGGAAUAUCUUGCUUCUUAAUCAAGCUCGGGUUCGUGCGCUUCAAGAUCUUGACAAGGUUCUUGGUGAAAAGGAGGCUUUACAAGGAGAAAUGAACAUCUUGCAAAUGAGGUUAGCAGAAACUGAUGCCCGGAUUAAAGUUGCAACCCAAGAAAAGAUACAUGUAGAAAUCUUGGAAGGUCAAUUAGAGAAGCUUAAAAAGGAACUCUCUGAAAGGGUUGGCACUGAAGGGAGUGCAACUAGUGCAUAUAACAAUGAGAAUGACAUUUUAAAUGACAGAACCCUUCAAUCACAUGUUAAUCAAUUUAGUUCCCUCAGUGAGGAGCUUAGUUCCCUUAGAAUGGAGAAUGUGUCCUUGAAAAAUGAUAUAUCACUACUUAAGGCAGAACUCUCUAAUGUCGAGGAAACAGAUGAACGUGUAUUAACACUGGAGAAAGAACGCUCAUCUUUGCUGGCUAACUUGAAAGAGUUGGAGUCUAGAGUAGCAAUUGCUCAGGAUGAUGUUUCAAAACUUUCCAUGCUGAAAUCUGAAUGUAAGGACUUAUGGGAGAAGAUAGGAAUUUUGCAAGGAUUGCUUAAGAAGGCAACCAAGCAAGCAGAUCAAGCUAUUUCAGUGUUACAGGAAAAUCAUGACCUCAGAAUGAAGGUUGACAGGUUGGAAGAAACACUGGGAGAAGUGGAUGCAUAUAGGCUAUCAUCAGAAAGGCUAGUGCAAUACAACGAUCUAAUGCAACAGAAAAUUAGAAUUUUGGAAGAGCGUCUUCAAAGAUCUGACCAAGAAAUACAUUCUCAUGUUCAGCUGUAUCAGGAAUCUAUGAAAGAAUUCCAAGAUAUACUUAAUAGUCUUAUAGAAGAAAGCAAGGAAAGGGCAUCAAAUGAACCUGUGGAUGAUAUGCCUUGGGAGUUCUGGAGUCACUUAUUACUUAUUGUAGAUGGUUGUUUGCUUGAGAAGAAAAUAUCAUCAAAGGAUGCAAAGCUUUUGAGAGAAAUGGCAUGGAAGAGAGAUGGACGUAUUCGUGAUGCAUACUUAGCUUGCAAGGACAAAAAUGAGGGUGAAGUUGUGAAAGCAUUUCUCGGACUUAUUACAUCACCAAAACAUCCAGGAUUUCAUAUCAUCCAUAUUGCAGCAGAGAUGGCACCAGUGGCAAAGGUUGGUGGCUUGGGGGAUGUUGUGACUGGUCUAAGUAAAGCACUACAGAAGAAAGGACACCUUGUGGAGAUUGUAUUGCCCAAAUAUGAUUGCAUGCAAUAUGAGCGUAUUGGUGAUUUAAGGGUGCUGGAUGUGAUAGUGGAAUCAUAUUUUGAUGGCCAACUAUUUAAAAAUAAAGUCUGGGUUGGAACAAUUGAAGGCCUUCCUGUCUAUUUUAUUGAACCUCAUCAUCCAGAUAAAUUUUUCUGGAGAGGACAAUUUUAUGGGGAACGUGAUGAUUUCAAGCGUUUCUCAUUUUUUAGCCGUGCAGCACUUGAGUUGAUUCUCCAAGCGGACAAGAAACCAGAUAUCAUCCAUUGCCAUGACUGGCAGACAGCUUUUAUUGCACCACUCUAUUGGGAUCUAUAUGUACACAAAGGCCUUAAUUCAGCUCGAAUAUGCUUCACAUGCCACAAUUUUGAGUAUCAAGGGACUGCACAUGCUUCAGACUUGGCAUCCUGUGGCCUUGAUGUUCAUUUAAAUAGACCAGAUAGGAUGCAAGAUAACUCAGCUCAUGACAAAGUUAAUCCUGUUAAGGGUGCAGUUGUAUUCUCAAACAUUGUGACAACAGUGUCACCCACAUAUGCUCAAGAAGUGCGGACAGCAGAGGGAGGAAAGGGUCUCCAUACAACGCUAAGUUCUCACUCCAGAAAGUUUGUUGGAAUUCUUAAUGGGAUUGAUACCGAUGCUUGGAAUCCAGCAACUGAUGCUUUUAUCAAAGUCCAGUAUAAUGCCGAUGAUCUUCAAGGGAAAGUAGAAAAUAAAGAAGCUAUAAGGAAGCACCUGGGACUCUCUAGUGAAAACUCCAGGCAGCCAUUGGUUGGUUGCAUAACAAGAUUGGUUCCACAGAAGGGUGUCCAUCUUAUUAGACAUGCAAUAUAUCGGACACUGGAGCUAGGAGGGCAGUUCAUACUUCUCGGUUCCAGCCCUGUAUCACAUAUUCAAAGUGAAUUUGAGGGAAUAGCAAACCAUUUCCAGAGCCACCCUCACAUUCGGUUGAUAUUGAAGUAUGAUGAAGCACUCUCACAUUCCAUUUAUGCGGCAUCUGAUAUGUUCAUUAUCCCAUCAAUCUUUGAGCCAUGUGGCCUUACACAGAUGAUAGCAAUGAGAUAUGGUUCUGUACCUAUUGUAAGAAAGACUGGUGGAUUAAAUGACAGUGUUUUUGAUAUUGAUGAUGAUACCAUUCCACUUCAAUUUCGCAAUGGAUUUACAUUUUUGACCCCCGAUGAACAGGGAGUAAACAGUGCCUUGGAGCGUGCAUUUAACCACUACACCAAUAACAGUGAGAAUUGGCAGCAGCUUGUUGAAAAAGACAUGGCAAUAGAUUUUAGUUGGGAUUCUUCAGCAUCGCAAUAUGAAGAGCUUUAUGCGAAGUCUGUGGCUAGAGCAAGGACAGCUGCAAAUAGGACUUGAUUCUCAUCUGGAAUUUGUUAGUUUGCUUUAUUGCAUUAGCAUUCCGGUUAAGGUCAUCUAAUUUUUUCCAAAAUCCACUCCUUGCCCAAGUGAUUAAUCUGGAUUUGGUUGAUUUUUGCUACAAAGAAAGCCCAGAGAUUGGUUGUACAUUUCUUACAUGAGGUCAAACCAUUCUUUAUUGCAUUAGCGUUGAAGCAAUUUCCUGGUACCUCAACACAUAUAGCAUUUGAUCCAAAUGUGAACUUGUAAAAUACAUAUAAACUCUUCAUCAAUACUCAGAUACGAAUGAAAAUUGUCAAUAAAAUACUUGAUUAAAUUUUCA